AUGAACAAUGGUCUAUUGAUACAUAUUGUGGAGUGGCGCUUCGUCUCUAAGGAGUUCUACCAAAUUGUCCAUUCACUCAAUAGACACUUGAUGUCAGACCAUCUACCAAAGUUAAAGAGAAUGACAACACAGCCAUUCACAUUUCUAAUCGAACAGCACACCAUGCCAACAUGUUGCCAACACCCCUAUGUCAGUCAUCUGCGUACACUUGAGCUGUGGAGCGAAGAGAACUGGUAUUAUCUCAAGAGUAUCGACCUGCCACUCAUUCAAAGUGCACUCCCCACGAUGUUCACAACGAUUACGUCGCCCAUUGAUGGCGGCUCACAACAAGUGUUCUUGGAACACCUGUCCACUCGUCAUGAUGCCGUCGAUGGCGCGCACUUCCUACUGGUCGAUCUCAAUGUUGCUGUUGAGAAGUUGAGCAUUACAUUGUUCGAUCCAAUUGGAGACAAUGAGGAUUACUUUGAUUAUUAUCAACUUGAUGACGAUUGCAACCCUCCCGAGAUCCCUGGCACUCCAUUCACAUUGUUAAACGCUAUUGGAUCAAAGGGUACAAUACGCCAACUAUCAAUCCAGAUUGCUGUAUUGGAGGAUCACAGUGAUGAUGAUGAUAUCGAACUCUUCUCAUUCUUUGCCAAGUUGUUCUCUCCUCAAUUCAACACUCUGACGUAUCUGAGUCUUGAGUCAGCCUCGGACGCCUAUGGUACAUUGUCUACGCUGUCCAUUUUCUUAAGCCAAUCGGCACCAUUCUUCUUUCGAAGACUUUCAUCUCUGUCAUCCUUACGUGAGCUCUCACUCAUUGUCAACUUGCUCAACUUGGAUGAAGAACAAUAUGAGCGUAGCCUGUUAGAGUAUCUUAUGGACAAUGUGAAGCAACCUCAAUUGACAUCGAUAUGGCUCCACUACAAUGUCAACAAAGACAUAGUCACCUAUCUUCUUCAGAACCCUCGCUCCAAGUUCAAACGAAUAAGACUUGGUCAAUCGGACCCAAUGCCAGUGACCAACAAGUUAGACUUCUUGCGCAUCAAUCAGAGCUGGAAUCAAAUUAACAGUGAAGCAUUGGCAUCGCUAACCAACGUCAACUCGCUGUCAUUGCCCGUCAUGGACCAUCCUUCCGAUUUAUGCUCGUUACUUAAAUCGCAUGGUACAAUCCAGUCAAUUGUCAUCUCGACCCAACAGUGUAGCGACGAGCUGGUAGAUGCCAUAAGUGCCUGUCCCUCACUCCAAUAUCUGUACAUCAAUGUUUACAUUGAACACCAACAGUCAUCGAUCAUUGAGGCUUGGAUGGAGAAGCUAAAGAAAGCCAUUGACAUCCAUCCAAACAUUCGCAACAAGACCUCAUUCCUCUCUGGAUUUCAUGUUCACAAUCAAUCAUGCCCUACUCCGUUUUGUGUGGCACUCGCAGAGUAUGGAGUUAUUGGCAGCAUCGCGGACUAUACUCUGUCUUGA